CGCAUCGUCUCUCAAUCAGGUGUCGUUUUCGUUACCUAAAGCCAGCGUGUUUGCCGAGUCCAGAAGUGAAGACGCGUGCUGUGGCUGCUGUGAGGAAAGAUGGUGUCAUCUGUGUGCGUGUUGAGCCUCCUGGCUGCUGUCCUCAUGCCGCUGCCGUCUGCUGUGCUGGCCCAGACUUCAAUAACGCAAGCGGGGGUAAGUACAGGUCUACUCAGUACCGAUAGGAUCACGAUGUGCCACCCGUCUGAUGUUUCCCAUCUUGUCCGAUGUGCAUGCUGAUGUUUCGUCCUGUGUGCUGUUUGCACAUGCAGACCGUUUCGCGCGUCACGCCAGGCUCUCUCAACCACCUCCUUGUGCUCGGUGUUAUGAACGGGGAUAGGAGCCUUUCGCUGUCUGUGCAGGUACAACAGACAGAUGGCGCAACACACGCAUGCAUCAUGCAUGUGUGUGGGUCAUGUGGUUUAUGCCAUUCAGAACCUCGGCCCGGGCAGCGUUUUUCUACAGACCGUCGAUGAGAACGACAACACUGUCUCAUCUGCGACCAUCGCAGAAGCUGACUCGCUCACCAGUCGAGCGCUUCGGCGCGAGCAAUGAGCUGACCUUCAUCCUCGCGGCCGAGAAUGGGACAGAAGUGUUCCGACAGACAGUCAACGAUCUGACGUACACCCUCGCCGCUGAAGCCGACGACAGGUCGACGCUGAACAUCAAGCUGACGACGAAGAACGUCGUACAUCUAACUCUCGGCAACCCCCUGCCCUUCGACCUUGUGGCAACCAUGGAACGCCAGGGCGAGCAAGUGGAUGCCUCUGAGGCAGUGAUUCCGCCGAGGGCCUGUCUCGCAUCGGGUCGGCUGCAGCUGACCUUCCAACAGCAGCUGGCUGAGGGGGAUGACUUUUAUGCAUCCCUGAGGCCAAAGGACGAGAGCCAUGGGACAGGCGUGUAGGGUUUGUGGCCCUCACAAACUGUCCGCCGCCCCUAAGCAACGAAGACAGGAGACGGAGACUGAGGGCCAUGGAGGGAAUGGCCCUCAAGGGAAUAGCCACGGUGAACGGCUGACCGCACAAAGCGUGACGUGAGGCAACAAUAGUGCUCACUACUUCCUCACUCACUCACUCACUCACUCACUUACAACACACGUUCUCUGCUCCUUUGUUCAUCGUCGCUCUUUUUGAUGUAUGUUGAGUCAUAAGAGGUGAGACGGAAUCAGCGUCUUGCGAACCUCUGUCGUUCUGUGACCAUACGUUCUUGGGCUUUUCGGUUUGUGUGUGUUUGUGGCAUCGCAUCGGUCUGGAACAAUCUGCCCUGCUGUCUGUCCUGCCUCCCCAUUCCCUGCAUCUAGUGCAUUCAGAAUUCCUUAACUUAUACUGUGUGAUUUUCGAGGUGGAUCCAAGGCGCUCUCUGACUGCAAUCAACCAACGAUAAUGAAUGCCAUUAAUGCAUCA